AUGUCGGAGCGCACUGCGCAUGACGGGCUUUCCAAUAUAAGAGACCGCUCGUCCAACCUAAGCCUCAGUACAACCGGCGCAUCAGACAGACCGCAGAGACAAAAGCACGAAGUGAUCGUCACAAGCAUGACUUCGUCCUCCCCCGUGCCGGACCUGUCUAGCGCAUCGCCAUCGUCGAUCUCCUCGGUGGAUACUCGACCGGGGUCCGGAUAUAGUUUUGGACCAGGGCCAGGACUAGGAUCCGAACCAGGAUCUGGAUCUGGAUCUGGCCGCGAUGGAAUCUAUGUCCUUGAUGAAUCCGGCAUGACCCCACUACUCCCCGACCAGGCCUUAUCGCGCAGACUGUCAUGGGCCACUACACCAUCAGUGUCAUCCGCGUCGCCAUCGCUACCGAUAUCGGUAUCGAGCGUUCGCCCAUACGCCUGUCUCUUCUACAUGCUCGACUGCCAAGAGUCCUUCGACGAGCCCGCCGAAUGGCGAACGCACAUCUUCAGCCAUUUCCGCGCACACCCGACGCCGCCGACGGCGCGAUGUCCCAUGUGCGCGAAUACGACGUUCGUCGACGAGGACGACAAAGACGCCGAGUCUCGAAGUGACGCAUCCACAUCCUCUGCGUGGGACCAGAUGCUCGACCAUGUCGCCGAAGACCAUUACGGGAAUGGGCAGGGGUUGGCGGGGAGUCGGCCGGAUUUCGAGCUGAUGCGGUAUUUGUAUGGGAUGAGGAUUAUCACGGAUGCCCAGUUUAAGGCUAUGCAGUUGCCUCCGGCGCCGUCGAGUCCGGCUUAUCAUCGUUCGCAGGAUGGUGUUAGAGCGAGUAUUGGUUCUGCUGAUGAGCCAUAUUGUGCGCCAUAUAGUAAGAGGCGGGAGGAAAGGAUGCGUGGACAGCAGAGGGGCGUUGGUGUUGUUUAG